AUGUAUCUGUCAUAUUUGGUAUUGCUUGUGUUGCCGUUGUACGUUGCGCAAAUAGUGGUAUCGAAUGAAGGCGAUUGGUCAAUGCAAGCAGACCUGAGAAAUGACAAUGAAAUAAGGACUGUGGCUGAUGACUGUAAAGCAAACGAAAAACGGUACAAAUGUGAAAUAUGCGAUAAACAGUUAGGAUAUGCAGGCAGUCUGAAACGCCACAAGAUGAUACAUACCGGUGAAAAAAAUUACAUAUGUAAGCGAACUGAAGAAACACCAAGUGAUGCACGAAAGCGAGCGAUCAUUCAAAUGUUACAUGUGCAAUAA